AUGAAACCACCGCAGCCGCCAUCUUCCCCAUCUCGAAAAGGCGAACAGUUUGGCCCGGAAGCAGAACUCCAAAUUCCGGAUCCCGCAGGUUCUUCCGGGGUCAUGACCCCAGGUUUUGAUUCAUUCAGUGUUAAGAUGGCAGCCUCCGCCGUAAAGAGGUUAGCCGCAUUGCGUUCCGGUACGGCUCGGCCUAUUGCGUUUAUCAGAAAAAUUCCUUGGACCGCGGCAACGAGUGAGCUCAGAGAACAUUUUGCACAGUUUGGCCAUGUAAGAAGGUGCUCUGUGCCUUUUGACAAAGAGACUGGCUUUCACAGAGGCAUGGGUUGGGUUCAGUUUUCUUCACAGGAAGAACUUCAGAACGCAUUACAACAAGAACAUCAUAUUAUUGAUGGAGUAAAAGUCCAUGUUCAAGCUCAAAGAGCAAAGAUUUUGCAUGGAGCUCAAACAUCUGAUGAAGAAAAAGAUUUCUGAGACGACCAGUGUACUGUCCAUUAAAUAAACAGAACUGAAACUUUUUCUACAUGUUUUUAUUUGAAAGGAGGUGCACUAAGCAAGACCUUAGUUUCCCCACGGCAUGGUAGAAGAACAGGGCAAAUGCAUCUGCUAGCACAGCUCCCAUGUGUGACCAUUAUCCCAGUAACUAUUUGGGGUGAUGUCAUUCAUAAAGUUUAUUCAAAGUUCUUACAGAAAAUUUAAACCCUGGACUCAUAAGUGUGGCAUACAAGGAAGUAGUAUCAGUUCUGUGUGGGGCAGUGUUUUCUUUUAAGUGCUGCAAGAUUGGAGAAGCACAAACAUAACCCAUCCUUUAAAAAAAAAAAAAAAAAAAAAAAACCUACUCCGAAAUAGAAUAGUCAACGCCCCUAUCUCCUGAAUAAAAAGGAGUGCUGGGAUCUAUCAACAAGGUUUUUUUUUUUUUUUUUUUUUUUUAAUUUUUUGUUUUUAAAACAG